AUGGGUGCGUCUGAAAUUCCAAUAUUCCAUCAACCAGUCGUCGCGCAAAUGCCGCAGUUGAAUGACGUUGCGUCUGCUCCGUUUGGUAUUCCACAAGAAGGGAUGAUAAAGUCCGAACCAUCUGUGUCAAUCUCUUUGGUGCAAGAAAGGAUAACUGCUAAAUAUGGCUUUCAAGUUUCGUACAGAAAGGCGUGGUAUGCGAAGCAGAAAGCGAUGGCAAUUCUGUACGAUGAUUGGGAGGAAUCACAGUGUUGUGAGGCGUUCAAAUUUGCCAAACCCGUCAUCCAAAUUGAUGGAACACAUUUAUAUGGAAAGUACAAAGGGAAAUUGUUGGUGGCAACAACCCAAGAUGGUAAUAAUGAAUGUUUACCGAUCGCAUUUGCCAUCGUAGAAGGCGAAACUUUGGAAGCAUGGAAUUAUUUUCUCGUUAAUAUUCGUGCUCAUGUGACUACGAUGUCAAACAUAUGUUUAAUAUCCGAUCGGCAUCGAAGCAUAAUAUCUGCUGUGGAAAAUAACCCUACUUGGCAGCCGCCAAAUGCGUAUCACGUAUUCUGUAUUUGUCAUAUUGCAAGCAACUUCAAUCAAAAGUUUCGAAAUGAAGAUUUGAAGCGGAUGUUAAAGAAUUUAGGUUAUACUCCAGCAAUGGUUGAUUUUGAAAGGAGUCUUGCGAGUUUCCGUGAAAGUAGUCCUCAAAUUGCUGAGUGGAUAGAUGUGAUUCCUAAGGAAAAGUGGUCGCGUGCCUACGAUAUUGAAGGACGGAGGUACGGUCAUAUGACAACAAAUUUGGCUGAAUCUGUCAAUAGGGUUUUGAAGGGGGCCAGAAAUAUGCCUAUAACAGCAUUGGUUAAGCAUACAUAUAGCAGAUUGGUUGCAUAUUUUGUUGAGAGAGGAACAAAUGCUCUUGCACAACUUCAAUCAUCUCAUCGUCACUCCAAACAUGUUGUUGAAUUGGUCAAGAAGAACCAGGUAGAUGCAACAGGCCACCACGUUCGUGCAUACAAUGUUGAACAUACUGUAUUCGAGGUUGACGCAGGUUGGGAACGUUCAUAUUCUGUCAACCUCCCACAGAGAUACUGUCAGUGUGGAAAGUUUAAGGCCUUUAAGUAUCCAUGUAGUCACGCUGUUGUUGUUGCGUUAAGUGUUAGGCAGAGUGCGUUCACUUACGUUGACGACGUCUUCUUGAUAAAUAACUUGGUCGAGGCUUAUUCUUUUCCGUGGGAGCCAAUCGGAAACGAGGAAGCAAUACCUGAAAUUAGUGGUGCAAAGAUUAUUCCUGAUUGUACUAUGUUGCGUGCAAAAGGUCGGGAGCUUACGUCUCCAGUUCUCUUCAACCUUCCCCCGUAG